AUGGGGGAAUGGGGCUUCCUCGGCGGACUCUUCGACAACCUCCAGGUCCACUCGACCAUGCUCGGCCGCUUCUGGCUCUUUCUCAUGCUCGUGUUUAGGAUUGUGAUCCUGGGAACCGUCGCCAGUGACCUGUUUGAAGAUGAGCAAGAGGAGUUUGCCUGCAACACCCUGCAGCCGGGCUGUAAACAGGUGUGCUACGACAUGGCCUUCCCCAUCUCCCAGUACAGAUUCUGGGUGUUUCACAUCGUCCUCAUCGCUACGCCGUCCCUGCUUUACCUCAUGUAUGCCACGCAUCAGCACAACAAGAGGACCAGCCGCUCCAAAUUCAGCCGAUGCAGCAGCCAGGACUACAGAGAAGAAGUCCACUUAAGGAGGCUCUACAUCCUCAACGUGAUGUUCCGCAUAGCGGCAGAAAUCGGCUGUCUGGUGGGUCAGUGGUUCCUGUACGGCUUCAAGGUGGAGGCCCAGUUCCCCUGCAGCCGAUUCCCCUGCCCCUACACAGUGGACUGCUUCACCUCCCGCCCCGCGGAGAAAACUGUCUUCCUCUGCUUCUACUUCGCCGUAGGGGUCAUAUCAGCGCUCUCCAGCAUCGCAGAGCUUUUCUACAGCUCCAUGAAGUGGUUUUGCUGCAGGAGAGAGGGGCCGCUGGGCCCAGGACGCUCCUGUGACUGCCAGAACCUCCACAACUUCACAAAAGAGGUGACAGAGAAGAAACCACUCACAUCAGCGGCGCCAGAGAGCGUGGCCAGCACCGUGAGGCUGAAAGGAGGAUCGGUGAGAAGCAGCAACGGCAGAAAGGUCUCCAGCAUCGGCCGCAAGUACAAGAACGGCAAGUUUGUGAGCAGCAGGACGCUUACGGUGUGAGAGGGACCGGAGUCACACAAAGCUGCUAUCACAGUAGUCUCUUUUUUUAUUUAAAACGUGCACCUAUAGUUCUAAUUCCUGUUUGCCGUUGUACUGCAAAUGAUCUCACUUUUAAUAAGUGAAGGAAUUUUUGUGAUGAGAGAUAAUAAGAAAACAAGACUGAUGGGAAGCCGGAUAAACUCGUUAUCUUGUUUCUUCUGGUGAAUCAUUACAGGUCGUAAACAGUUCAGGAGGGAAAAAGAAACAAUCCUCUGGAACACACUUGAUUGCUUCCCUGUUUAAAAGCGAGCUGCCUGUUCGCCCAAAUGACUCUCCUGCUUAGACUAAACAUCCACCCAGUUUGAACAAGGUGUUAAUUCAGUGGGUUCAGACAGUGAAGUCAAGAUUUAUACACAAAGGUAGUUGUGUGUAGCUGCUGGACACAUCGACAGGAUUUAUUUUACUGUGGAAACUCCUUCAGCAUUUUAGGAAAUAUGCUUAUUUUAUGUCUUACUGAUGAGCUGAUAUGAAGCUACCACCACCUUGUUCAGUCAUUUAGUAGUUUGCUCAGCAGUGAGCAGUAUACUUUGUAUCAUCACCA